AUGUCAUCAGACGCCCCGUUGAAAGGACUGAGAGUCCUCGAACUGGGCGGACUCGCUCCAAGCCCCUUUGCUGGGCUCGUCCUCGCCGACUACGGCGCCGACGUCGUCCGCGUCGACCGACCAUUCGACGUCUUCGGCCCGCCGCGCGACACGCUGUGCCGACGCAAGCGCUCCGUCGUGGUCGACUUGAAGCGGGAGCCGUCGCGGCGCGCGUUCCUCGAGCUGGUCAAGGCCGCCGACGUGCUCAUCGACCCGUACCGACCCGGGGUCACGGCGCGACUGGGUCUGGGCCCGGACACGCUGCGCGCGCUGAACCCGCGCCUCGUCUACGCGCACCUGUACGGCUUCCGGCCCGGGGGACUGUACGAACACCGCGCGGGUCACGAUGUCAAUUACCUCGCCGUGUCGGGGGUGUUGUCGCUCCUGGGCCGCAAGGACGAGAACCCCUCCCCGCCGGCGAACAUCCUGGGCGACUUCGCGGGCGGCGGGCUCGUGUGCGUCGUGGGCAUCCUGCUCGCGCUGCUGCAUCGACGGGUCUCCGGCCGGGGCCAGCUCGUCGCGGCAAACAUGGUCGACGGGACCGCGUACCUCGCCACGUUCAUGCGCCAACAGCAGGGCCACCGGAACUGCGACCGGCCCCGCGGCGAGAACCUCCUCGACGGCGCCGCCCCUUUCUACGAGGUCUACAGGACCAGGGACGACCGGUUCGUCGCCGUCGGGGCCCAAGAGCCUCAGUUCUACGCGAAUCUCCUGGCAGGACUGGGACUUGAUAGUGAGGUGUUGCCGGAGGAGCAGUGGGACAGGGCAGCGUGGCCGCGCACCAAGGAGCUGUUCACUCGCAUCUUCAGACAGAAGACGCGGGACGAGUGGAGAGCGAUAUUUGACCGUGUCGACGCCUGCGUGACGCCCGUGCUCGACAUGGAUGAGACAGAGGGGCCGUUCCACCCGCUCGUCGAGUUGUCCGACUCUCCCAGUCUCGAUGUCCAGGUGCAGGAAUCAUAUCCCGAGUUGAAGAAGGGACAUGGGAGCGAAGACGUCCUGCACGAGUGGAUUCCCCAGGUCAAAGCUCCUCCUGACAGGAUAUCUGACGGAUUACCUAACGACAUCUAA